CAUUAGCAGCCAUUACUGACUUAAAUUAUCAAACACAAGAAACACAAACAGAGUUUAUCAUACAUCCAUGUACAUAUUAUGUUGGAUUUAAAUUAAUAUCAAAUUAUGGCAAGAAAGAUAAACCUGUACAAACAAAAGUCAUUGUAACAGAUAUUGAUGGAAAUUUAAUUGAUAAUGUUUUGAUUGAGUGUAAGGUAAUUGGAAAUGGCGGUAGUUACAAUAUAUCAUAUAGUGUCAAAGAUGAACAAGGUCGAUUAACUAUGAGUUUCUAUGACAACUAUUACGUUUCGGGUGGUUAUGAAAACGAAAUAAAAAAACAAAAAGUUGAUUUUAUUCCAACUGAUACAAUAACAAUUAUUCCAAAUGAAACAAAACAUUAUCAACCAAAUGACAUAUGUGAAUUAUUAAUACUAGCACCAUUUAGUCCUGCUAGUGGUUUAGUUAUAUUAGAUUGUGAUGGUCAAGUUUCACAACCAAUACAAUUUCAGAUAGAAUCUGGUAAAGAUUCAGCAACUGUUGAAUUUAGAAUAUCAAAAGAUUGGAUACCAGGAUUUACAGUUCAUGCUGAAUUAACAGGCUCGAUUCCAAGAGAAAUAGAAGUAACUGAUUCACUGCAUCGUCCAGCAAUUGCUACUGAAACAGAUGAAUCAUUUACACCAUCAUCUAUUAUUCAUAUAGGUGUUGAUGUUACACAACAUACGAAUAAUGCAGCUGUGGACAAGGUAGAAGUGUGUCUAAUUAUGGUUGACGAAGCAAUUUUAUCAUUAACUGGUCAUACACUAUUGAGUCCAUUAGAUAUAUUUUAUCCUGUUCGAUCAACAAAUAUAAUACAAUAUCACGGUAGAGAUCGUUGUUUACUAUUUAAUAUGCAAGAUAUAGAAAAAUUUAAGAAAGAUAUACAAGAAAGGCAAGCUCAGUUUAAUCAACCAGAGAUGCGAAUGCAAUACGUUGAGAAGCAAUGUGAAGGUUCACUAAGGGCUUAUUAUAGACGUGAAGCUCGAGGUGGUGAUGGAGAACAAAAGAUAGCUGUUCGAUCGAACUUCAAUCCAUUAGCACAUUGGAUACCGUCAGCAAUCACCAGUUCAUCAGGACAUGCUACCUUUGAAGUUAAGUUACCUGAUAAUCUAACACGCUACCGUGUAUGGGCAUUAGCAGCUAAUGAUAAACAAUAUGGUUUAGGUGAAACAUUAUUUACUGUACAAUUACCCGUUAUGGUUCGACCAUCACCACCAAGAUUUCUAAACUAUGGUGAUAAAGCUCAUUUCUCAGUUAUUCUACAAAAUCAAACUGAUCAAUCAUUACCAUUACAUGUUGGUUUAAGAGCAAGUAAUGCCGAAUUAUUAACAUCCGAAACAAAUCAAGAAAGAAUUGGUUAUUCAAUUGUUUUAAAAGCAAGUAAACGAGUUGUUGUUACAUUUUCAGUUUCAACAGUCCAUUCUGGUAUAGCUCGAUUUCAGUUUUUAAUUAGUACUGUUAAUAAUAAAACAUCUGCAUCAUUUGGAGAUGCAAUCGAGCUAAGUUUACCUGUAUUUACACCAGCAACAUCGGAAGCAUUUGCAACGUACGGUGACGUAGGUGGUGCAGAAGUGAUUGUACAACCAAUAAAAACACCAAAAGAUGUUAUUCCACAAUUUGGUGAAUUAUCAAUAUCAACAAGUUCAACGGCAUUAGCAUCAUUGACAGAUGCAAUUAUUUCAUUAUAUACAUAUCCAUAUGAUUGUACAGAACAAAUUAGUUCUAGAUUAUUAGGUAUACAAGCAUUAUGGGAUGUUUUACAAGCAUUUCAUUGUAAAGAUCUACCUGAAAUAUCAAUAUUAAAAACCAAAUUAGAAUCAGAUAUGAAUGUACUAAAAGCUCGUCAAUAUUCGAAUGGUGGAUUUGGUUAUUGGACAAACCGAAAUGAUUCUUAUGCUGAUCCAUAUAUGAGUGUGCAUGUUGCACAUUGUUUAGCUGUUGUUAUAGAUAAAAAGGUAAGAGUUUUACUAUAUAAAAGAAAAUGA